UGUGUUUUUGUUUUGCUGCAGUCCAAUGUUGAUAAAAUCAAUAAGCUAAUUUGUAAACUUAUUUAAAAUGUCGAAUUUAUUGCCAGCACCAAAAGCUAUCAAACAGGCUAAACAGCCAGCCACGCCGCCUACUGCUCUGUCGCUGAAAGUGAAACUGCUUCUGGUGCUGAUGGGGCUUUUGCUGUACGUGUUCGUAGUAAUUUUUGUGAAGACCAUGUACAUGAAGGGCAAGAGGUUGGACCGCAUAGCUGUCAUGGCAAUGGAGACAGAGAAUCUGAUACAUCAGGUGCACAUUGUCGACCAGAACAUGGCUAUUAACAUGGACCGCCUUGAGGACGUCUACGGGGACUACUAAACUACCUUUUGUCUCGACCACACUGGCCUAUGUAAAUGUUUCUACGCCUCCCACCCCACCUUCCUGUCUAUUCUAUGUACUAGAUGGCAUAAGAUACACUAAUUAAAUUACGCUUUAAUAUAGAUGUUUAAAAAGUUUUGAAAGAAAGUAAUUUAAACGAUGUUACCAGUCUGUUAGGUACUUAAAUACAUAACAAUAAAAUUAAAAGUUUAAAUAUUGGUGAAAAUAUGAACAUUAAGUGUAUUGCUAAAUGUGUCUAAAGUUUAUAUUUUGUUUUAAUUAGUUUAAAUCAUAAUUGUUAUUUAAAAUUAGGUAUGCUACACACAUUCUAUAACAUACUCUGCCUGCCUCCUUAUUCUAGCAGUCGUGAAAGCGACCUGUUGAUCACGUGGUGCCGGGUCGGGCUAAAUUAGUUAUUGGGUGAUUCUGGCAAGAAAAUCUCAGUAGCGCUAGGUGUCAGGAAGUUGGCGGUAUUUCAGCCCCUUGCCUCGGAAAGCACUUAGCCGUUGGUCCUGAGCUUGAUCUCUCUCCGGUCGGGGCGGAUUGCCGUCCCGUCGGACUUUGAGAGAGAAGGAAUCAUGAGGACAUUAUAUUAUAUACUCAGAAGGAAUAGAGUGCACUUAUGUUUGCGCACAACACACUCGUGCAUUACAAUUACAGUUUAGAGGUUAUUUAAACUGUUCUAUAAUCCUGUCCUGUGCAAAUGACUAUAGUAAAAUUAUUUUGUCCAUGCAGUUGGGUUCAUAAAUCAUAGCUCGGCCUCAGCCCGGUUAGGGCAGUGAGCAAAUUGCGCGGGCGCAACGCCAUUAUCGAUAACAGCAAAUGAAUCAUCGAAGGCACGGCGGCGGUGCGGUAUACAAAGGGUGGUGCGACAUUGUUUUGUUAUGAGUCAUUUGUUUUCCAUUACUACUCCCUACUAAUUUAGUACAUAUAUCGACGAGAAAUUUGUUUUUGCGCAUUCGCUCUCUGAAUUUCUUUAGUGACACAAUGGAUACUCCUUUGUUUUGUACCAAAACGGCAGAAUUUAUUCAAAAUAAUAUUUUGCUUGUUGGCACCAAUAUACCAGCACAAGCACGUGUUUAUCAACAAUGUGUUAACAUUUUUCACUGAAAUGAAAAUAGAUCCCGAAAAGUUACAAAGUGUUAAUUUCUGCCGUUCUCGUGAACUUGCUGCGGCGAUAUGUGAUGUGAGUGUUAGAGCGGUCGACAAAAUUAAAAAAGAGUGUAUAAAGGGAGAAGUUAGCUCUCCGCGACAAAGCGUCUAUCGGCCUUGUACAGUAACUGCGUUAGACGACUUUGACAAAAGUGUAAUUAAACAAAUAGUGUCAUCGUUUUAUCGCGACAGUGAAUAUCCUUUCACGGCUAAAAUUUUGAGUACAGCAAAAGAAAGAAUUGACGGGUUCCAGUGUUCUAUUUCUUCUAUGCGUAAAAUACUAUCUAGUAUUUUACGCAUACACUUGGGUACACGUACACACAAGCUCCAGAUGGUCGUUAACAAUUGAUGGAAAGGACUGACAUUGUUUGUGCGCUGCUACAAUUCCUGAAAAAACUCAAGACCCUGAGAGAUAGUGAAGACAUUCGACCAAGAAUUUAUUUAGAUGAGACUUGGGUGAACCAAAAUCACAGCCGCAAACGAAUUUGGCUAGACAAGGAUGGACAAGGCGGCUUAAACACAAAAACGGGAAAGGGAGGCAGACUAAUCGGUAAAUAUUCUUUCAUCUUCUGUGUAAGAAAUACGACUUAAUAAUAAUUUAAUACAAAAUAUGAUAUUCAUUUAAUUAUGUUGUUUCAGUUUGUCAUGCAGGCUGCGCAAAAUAUGGUUUUAUACCCGAAGCCAGAUGGGUAUUCCGUGCUGUGAACGAGGACUACCAUUCAGAAAUGAAUGACGAAGGCUUCACAGACUGGUUUACAAAGCUGCUGCAGAGUCUUGAAGACCCAUCAGUCAUCAUAAUGGACAACGCACCCUACCACUCCCAGCCCAUAAAUCGGGCACCGACAUCAGCUAACAAAAAGAAUGAAAUUCAGGAGUGGCUCCGCCAACACGAGGUUGAGUUUAGUGAUAGUGAGCUUAAGCCGGAACUAUUACAAAAGAUGCAACGGAACUGACCAGAAAAAAAUCGAAGUGUUACUGCAUGAAGCAAUUUCAAACGUUUCGCAAAAGAACUGGGAAGAUUGUGUGAAGCAUGCAGAAAAACUCCAAGAGGAAGACUUGAAGAAAUCUCAUCUGGCAGAAGAUAUCGUGAUUCAUGUGGAUGACUAUGACUCUGAUGAUUCUGAUGUAGAAUUUUAAUGUAAAGUUUGAGACUUAAAUUUAGAUAUAAGUUAUUAUCUUUAUAUUUAUAUUUAUUUUUAAUAUAACUUGUUACAUCCCAAACAUUUGUACUUAUACAUAGUUUUUUUUAAUACAUAGACACCUAAUUAAUAAUUUAUUUUAAAUCAUUAUUAUUCUUAUUUUAAUAAAUACGUUGUUUUAUCUACUUUUUUUUCAUUGUUAUCACUAACCCACAUAAUGACAAAACUAAAUACACUAUCGAUAACACUUAUCGACAACAAUAAUGCGCAUCACUAUGCUCGCCCCUAAGGCCCGCGAGUGGGAGAAAGAGCGAAAUACUUCGAUGAUUUAUGACCCAAACUGCACGGACAAAAUAAUUGUAGUAGUCUCCGUUGAAACUGGCAGCCGUGAGUGAAAUUCGAUCCAGAUUUAUGUCUAUAAAUAUCAAUAUGUCAUCAUUAAAAAAAACUUAAAAUAUAGUUUUUAAAAUUGCUAUGACAGUAAUUGCAUUUAAGUAUCUGUGAUAGAAUCUCAAAGAGUAUUAUUUAAAAAGUGUUUUGUCAUUUAUUAUGCUUAUCAUGUAUGUUGUUUAUUUUAUAUUGUGAAUUGAAUGAAAUCUGAAAUAAAGUUAGUUAAACUG